GUCGUUCUAAUCAAAUGCACGCUUUCAAACUGAAUAACCCGGCAAGUAACCUUAAAACGAUACAAGUGAUAGUAAUCAUUUACUUGUAGAAAUUCGACUGAUGCUUAUUAAUAAUGACGCUCGAUAAUUCGUGGCAUGUGAUCAAAACUGCUGCUGCAGAGAAUAAACACGAAUUAGUAUUGUCUGGCCCACCAAUUUCUGAAUUGAUUCAAAAAAGAGGCUUUGAUAAGUCAUUGUUUAACCUGCAGCAUUUAAAUUACUUGAAUAUUACACAGACAUGUUUGCAAGAAAUACCAGAAGAAAUAGGACAAUUACAAAAUUUGACGACACUGGUGUUACAUUCGAACGAAAUUUCAAAAAUACCUGGCACAAUCGAAAAAUUGGAAAAAUUAAAGAUCCUCGAUUGCUCUAGAAACAUAUUAACGUUUUUACCGAAUGAAAUCGGUAAACUUCCACAAUUGACAACUAUGAAUUUGAGUUCGAAUCUUCUGACAUCCUUACCGACGCAAAUUAAGAAUGUUAAAUUGACUGUUUUGGAUCUUUCGAACAACCAGUUUGAAAUCUUUCCUGACGUAUGUUAUCCAGAAUUAACUCAUCUCACUGAAAUCUAUGUUAAUGGAAAUCUAAUAAAAGAAAUUCCUGUGACUAUAAAUCAGCUUCCAUCCUUGAAAAUAGUAAAUGUUGCAAGCAAUUUGAUUUCAGUCAUCCCAGGUGAGAUAGCUGAUUGUAACAAACUCAAAGAACUUCAUUUAAAGGAAAACACAUUAACAGACAAAAGAUUAUCAAAGUUAGUGGACCAGUGCCAUAGUAAACAAGUGUUAGAGUAUAUCAAGUUACAUUGUCGUAAACAAGAUGGCUCUAUCAAUAGCAAAUCAAAAAAAGGAAAGAAAGUACAAAAAUUAUCAGAGAGUGAAAAUAAUGCUAAUAUAAUGGAUCAUUUGACACACAAGUUGAAAGUAUUAAAAGUAACAAAUGACACACCAGUAAUUAAAAUUACAAAAUAUGUAAAAAAUAUUAGAUCAUAUAUUGCAGCUUGUAUUGUUAGAAAUAUGAGCUUUACAGAGGAUACUUUCAAAAAAUUUAUUCAACUUCAAACUAAAUUACACGAUGGUAUAUGUGAAAAAAGAAAUGCAGCUACUAUUGCUACACAUGAUUUAAAAUUAAUUACUCCUGGAGACUUAACAUACACAGCAAAAUUACCAAAUGAAUUAGAAAUAAAACCGUUAAUGCGUAAUAAAGUUUAUACUGGUUCUGCAUUGUUUCAACAAUUGCAAACUGAAGCUGAUAAUUUAAGAAAAGAAAAGAAACGCAAUGUAUAUUCUGAGGGUAAACCUAUGUUUCCUUGUUUAUUAGAUGCUUCAGGACAAGUUAUAUCAUUUCCACCAAUAACAAACAGUGAUAUUACAAAAAUGUCAAUGAAUACUCAAGCAAUGCUAAUAGAAGUAACUAGUGCUGCGUCAUAUCAGAUUUGCAGAAAUGUAUUAGACCAAUUCUUAAAGGAAAUAAUUACUCUUGGUUUGGGAUGUCUGUCAGAACAAGAAAAUGCUUCGACUUCUAAUAAAUUACAUGUAGAGCAAGUAAAAAUAGUAGAUAUGGAAGGUAAUAUGAAAUUACUAUAUCCUUCAAGAGUAGAUCUAAAUUUUGCAGAAAAUUUCAUAACUGUAUUACGUGAGAUAUAAAUUAUUGCUAACUAUUUAAUCAUUCCUUAACUUUGGUCUAAUUGUGUUUUGUUUGUGUGUUUUCUUGUAUCUUUUUUUGUAUUAUAAAUUAAUAUUAUAAUAUUAUAAAUUUAAAAAUAAUAUAAAUUUUUCAUUUCAUACUGUAUGAUAAUGUUAAGAUUAGUAACUGAAGUGUGCAACGAACAUAACAUUUGCAUAUUUUAUACAGAACUGUUUUGCUAUGUAUCAAUAUACAACAAUAUUGUAGUCAUAAUAUUUUUAUACUGAAAUUUGAGACUAUGUGAUAAUAAUAACAAUAACUGUUCAAUAUUAUAAAAAUUAGAAAUCGAAAAAUAAACAUAAAAAAAAUAUAGCAUUUAUAUUUCAACAUUUUAUUCCUUCAAAAAUUUAUUGUAUUGAUUUACGCAAUACAUUAUGAAGACAUUACAUUUGAACAAAAAUAUAAUCUUUAACACAUAAUCUUAAAUAUUAAUUUGCAUAUUAAAAUAUUUUAAAAAUAUUUUAAAACAUAAUCAAAAAUAUUAAUUUACAUAUUAAAAAUAUACUCGUUUUCAGAAUCUAUCAUUUUCAAAAUAUUCGCAACUAGUAUUAGCUCUUACGAGAGAUAUAAAUUGAAGUGUGAAAAUCACAAUCGUCGUUCAUUAUUAUAUAUCAUAUAAUCUGAAGUGUAAUCUAUACUUUUAUAUAGGAUAUUUAAAAUUAACUUGA